AUGGUUAUACAUGAAAGCAAUUCCUCCGAGGAAAUCAUAUAUGAGACACUGCGUCGCACUCUCAGUCCACAAAUUGCUGUAUCCAGUUCUUGCGGUUUUGCCAAUCCCAUAGAAAAGCUAGAGCCUUCGAAUCAAUCCGUCUUUGCAGUUAUUGGGAGGGGGACAUGUGGUACAGUUUUUGAGGUUGCUGGAAGCAAGAUUGCGAUCAAAAAGGGCUCGGAUAAAUACGGACUCUGGGUCGAUGCCAAUCUCACACACGAAGCAAGCCGGGCUGUUAUGGAAAUGAAGGUAUAUUUGGAGAGUAUUUUCCCAGAUUCCUCGAUCCCUCUUGUGCCACAAGCUCAUGGAUGGGUGCACGAUGAAGAGUUGGAAAAGUGGUGGUACAUCAACAGAUCACAGUUCCCUGAUGAUGACAACGAGAUUGGAUUCUUGUUUUACGUGGAGCGCAUCUCGCCGCUUCCGGAAGCCACACGCACAGCACUUAUCAGAAAGUAUUUUCCCAGGGAGUUCCAAGAUAUCUCCCUCAGAGAUCCUAGCAAUAGGACUUGCUUGAUCCGACCAUACCUUGGAAUGAGGCGAACCGAUCACGAGUUGAAGCACCCUGCUGAAACUCUACAAAACUUCCCGCUACAUCUAGACCAGAUGGAAGAGAUAGGUUUGGAUAUAGCACAAUUCUCUCGAGAAAUGGCGAUUGGGCUGGCUAUCAUACACUGGAGAGUGGGGCUCGAUGGUAUGGACAUGGAAUUUGGUUUAGGAAGUGUCGCCAAUGAUCUGGAAGUUUUUCCUCUUAUCGAAAACUUUGAGAAGAUCAACCCCUUUAGCGUUCCUGUUAGAAACAUGGCUCGGCGUCCGACUCAUCUAUGGAUGCUGGACUUUGACAAAACUAGUAAGCUCGACUUCAAUGACUGGAAGAAAGCUCGGGGACGAAUGGUCACAGCGGUCACGGGGAAUGAUCCUUACUUUCCAAACCCAGCCACAUCGGGUGAGAAGGAGAAACUGGUUUGGUCAAACUUUGAGGAAGUGUAUCUUCAAGCUGCCUGCGCGGUGUUAAAGAUGCAUCCUACACUUUCUGAAAAGGUGAGGACCCGGAAAUAUCCAGAAGCCUUCCUGAUUGACUGGAAGAAGAGAGCUCAAUCGUUGGAGGAAACAAAAGAUGGUUCUUUUAUAAAGUUUGUAGGCUAG